AUGGAUGCCUCAAAAGAAACAUUUAUUACGGCUAACAAAUAUGAAAGUGAAGAAGCAUCUGAUUAUGAUAUUCUAUAUCUUUCUCCUUUUUAUAAUCAAGAAAAAGACUUUUUACAGGAAAAUCUUAGUCUUCUUGAACAAAAAUUAGUCUAUGGAACAUUACAUAGUAUUUAUAAAAAGGCAAUAAGUAAAGCGUUACAGUCUAAAUCUGAGUCAGAUCACCUUUUAAAGCUAUUGGAGGAUUUUGUUCAGGAGUGCAACCAAUUAGAAGAUAGUUCUAGCGAUGAUAAUCACUCAGAUGAAUCUACAAGUAAAAGAGAGUUUCAACUAAAAAACUCUAAGUGGCGACAAGGCAGAGAAUGA